CAGCCUCCCUUCACCAUGUGCUUCCGCGUCAAGUUUUACCCCACCGACCCCGCCGCCCUGAAGGAGGAGAUCACCAGGUACUUGGUCUUCCUGCAGAUCAAACGAGAUCUCUACCAUGGCCGCCUUCUCUGCAAGACAUCGGAUGCUGCUUUGUUAGCCGCCUAUAUCCUUCAAGCGGAGAUUGGGGAUUACGACCCCGGGAAGCACCCAGAAGGCUACAGUUCCAAGUUCCAGUUCUUCCCGAAACAUUCAGAAAAGCUGGAAAGGAAAAUCGCCGAGAUCCACAAAACCGAAUUGAGCGGUCAGACGCCGGCUACUUCAGAGUUAAACUUCUUGCGCAAAGCCCAGACGCUGGAGACCUACGGGGUUGACCCGCACCCGUGCAAGGAUGUGUCGGGAAACGCGGCAUUUUUGGCCUUCACUCCCUUUGGUUUUGUUGUUCUGCAGGGAAACAAAAGAGUUCACUUCAUCAAAUGGAACGAGGUGACCAAACUGAAGUUUGAGGGGAAGACCUUCUAUUUAUACGUAAGUCAGAAAGAGGAAAAGAAAAUUAUUCUCACCUACUUUGCUCCGACGCCAGAAGCCUGCAAGCACCUCUGGAAGUGCGGCAUAGAGAAUCAAGCCUUUUACAAGUUGGAGAAGUCGAGCCAGGUCCGCACGGUCUCCAGCAGCAACUUGUUCUUCAAAGGAAGCCGGUUCCGAUACAGCGGCCGCGUCGCCAAAGAGGUCAUGGAGUCGAGCGCCAAGAUCAAGAGGGAGCCGCCGGAAAUACACCGGGCAGGCUUGGUCCCUAGCCGCAGCUGCCCCUCGAUCACGCACGGGCCGCGGCUGAGCAGCGUGCCCAGGACCCGCCGGAGAGCCGUGCACAUCUCCAUCAUGGAAGGCCUGGAGUCCCUGCGGGACAGUGCGCACUCCACGCCGGUGCGCUCAUCCUCGCACGGCGACGCCUUCAUGCCGCGCGGGCGCAGCAGCCGCGCCGAGAGCAGCGAGCGGGUGGCGGUGAUCGCGGACGAGAACUACAGCCCUGCGGACAGCGUGCUGCCCACGCCGGUGGCUGAGCACAGCCUGGAGCUGAUGCUGCUGUCGCGGCAGAUCAACGGGGCGCCCUGCAGCAUCGAGGAGGAGAAGGAGUCGGAGGCCAGCACGCCCAGCGCGGCCGAGGCGGAGGCGCUGGGCGGGGAGUUGAGGGCGCUGUGUCAGGGCCUGGGGGGCAGUGCCGGGACUCAGGCGGAACAGGUGAAUAAGUUUGUUUUAAGUGUCCUCCGUUUGCUCCUUGUGACAGUGGGACUCCUCUUUGUCUUGCUCCUCCUCCUGAUCGUCCUUACCGAGUCUGACCUUGACAUUGCCUUUUUCCGUGAUAUUCGCCAGACCCCCGAGUUCGAGCAGUUCCAUUACCAAUACUUUUGUCCCCUCAGGCGAUGGGUUGCCUGCAAAAUCCGCUCCGCACUGAGCCUGCUCAUUGACACCUGAAGGCAUGGCGCCUCCCCAUAUCUAGCCAGGUGGAUUCAGAAGAUCCCUGCUACCUGUUCCCAGAACAUGGGACCCAUCGUGCUACCAUCGGCACAUAAACUAAGUCCUCCUUUCAUGAUCAAAGUACACUGCGACCUAGGAUGCUUGUUUCCGGGAAGAAGGAAGGGACUGACUCAUGCCCGCUCCAAACACGUUUCUUUAGGGAGCCUCUUUCUCGAAGCGCUCGACCGUUCUGUUCUCAUCCUCGGGCGCCUGCAGGAUAAUUUAAGUUUUUAAUUUUGAUUUUCAUAGACGCGCGUAUUACUUUGAGAGUAUUAAAUACAAAGAGGAAUUUAUUUUAAUAUUACUACUGAUUAUUGUAUUAGGAUCAGCCAAUAGCUGAGACAUAGUAUUAUGCAGGAGCGAUAGUCAUGGUGCUACUGAGUUGUAAGUUAAAUACUCGUGUAUAGUUCUUUUAUUGAACUCUGUGCCCAGCACGACCACUUUCAAAGCGUCAUGGGAGAGAGAUCGCCUCGUACUAACCAGAGGUUUGUUGCCGAUGGCUCCUGGUUUAAUUUUAAUUGGAAAAACAUCCUGAUGCAAGGCAAUCCCAUUGGGGAUUUGUAAAACAUUUGGGUUUGUCGCAAAGGGCAGCAGAGUAGGCGCAAGACAGCCCCGCUGGGAGUGGCGGUGUCAGUCUAUUCCUUUAGGUAGCAUAGCGUGAUGUGAACACGAAUACCGAUCCUAAUCUACACACACAGCCUUUUGUGGAUUAUUUUACGCCUUGACCCUUUAGUGCUCCAGAGGUGUGGAGUUUAUCAUCGUAGAGGUGUAGAGCCCCUAAGUAAGGAGGGAGUUAGCACCCGGGGUUAGGAAACAUACGUACUCGAUUCUGUUUGACAAAGUCCGAGCGAGUAGCCAAGCAGUCACCAUGCCUGAUUUAUUUGAAAGACAUUUUGUCUCAGAAAGUUGUACUUGUUUUGUACAAAAAAAAAAAAAAGAGACUGUUUCAACGUAUAUUUUAACAACAAAAUGCUAUUUUGUUAUUGAUACUAAUCAAGUCUUUUUUUACUUUAUGGAUCGGAUGAACGCAGCGUGAUGUACAAAAUGAUUCAAGUAAGAAAAUACUUCUGAGAAUAAAGGUUUUGUAGAAUGAAAAUCUAACACUGGAUUAACCCGUUGCUAGUUUGGAAAAAAAAAAUGAAUAGGAAUUUGUGGUUUUGCAAAGGAAAAGAGACCAGAAUUACAGAAGUGGAGGUAACACUGAAGAAAAAAAAAAAAAGCCAACAGGCAAAUAUCAUAUCUGUCCUUAAGCAAAAUGUAUAACUCACUAAUUUCCUUUGUGGCAUAAACACUUGAAUCUUUAUCUGGCAAAGAUGGCAGUCCAUUUGCAAGGGGAGCAAUAAAAGUCAUUAUUAUUAA